AUGGGGAGGACUCCUCCAUGUUGCAAUGCAGUAGGCCUCAAGAAAGGAGCAUGGACGGCCGAUGAAGAUCAAAAGCUCAUUGCCGCCAUUAAAGAGCACGGCGAAGGAGGGUGGCGCACCUUGCCCCAAAAAGCAGGUCUUUCGAGGUGUGGGAAGAGUUGCAGGCUAAGAUGGUCUAAUUAUCUCAGUCCAGCCAUUAAGAGAGGAGGUUUCACUUCAGAUGAAGAGCAAACCAUUAUCAACCUUAAAACUACUUUAGGCAACAGGUGA